UUGCAUGAACAUAAGCAUCUUUUUGUGCACUAUAAAUACACCACGCUCAACAUUUCUCUUCAUCACUAGAACUUAAACACAUCCAAAUUAGACGCUCUUAAGCACAACAAAUUUUACAUUAUUGCUAGCUAUGGCAAUUUCUAAGCUUAUCAUUGCUACUUUAGUUCUCUCUUUUCUCCUCCUUCAUGUGGUUGAAGCUCAAGAAGUGAUUGAGAGCAACGGUCCAAAGAGGUCUCUACUUGGCAUAAAUUGUGGAGCAUCAUGCGUGGCCAGGUGUCGGUUAAGCCGUAGGCCAAAGCUGUGCCACAGGGCAUGCGGGACCUGCUGUGCUCGUUGUGGUUGUGUUCCACCGGGUACUUCCGGUAACCAAGAACAAUGCGCCUGCUACUACAACCAGACUACCCAUGGAGGAAAACGCAAGUGCCCUUAAGUUGGUUAUAUAAUGCUACUCAAAUCUUAUGUAAUUUAAAAGUAGUAUUACUUCCCCAAAAUUGAGCUUUGAAUGUUCUGUACCUUUAUACUGUGUUUUUAUUUGUUUGGGUGAUUACAUUUAUAUGGUACUUGCUUUUAAUUUAUUGUAUAUUCACUUUGUGAAUAAAAUAGCCACGUGUUACGUUUUGGUCUUUCUAA